CAGUCAUCGUCGGUUCAAAUUUGUUGAUGGUUUUGUGAUUAAGUUUUUCAACUCGUAAAGUUUAUUUUAUUAAUUAUUUAAUUAAAUAAUUCGAUUCUUUCACAAAUCCUAAAUACAAUGUCGAAUAGUAAUUUAUUUAUGAAGACAGGAUUUGUUAGAGCUCCCCUACAAAAUGGUGUUGGCCGCUAUGUGUGUCAGCUUCAAAGAAUAGUUUUUAAAUUUUGCAAAAGCCACGGCGGUAGCCGGGGUUUAAGAGACUUCAUAGAACAAGACUUAGUGGACUUUGCCAAGAACAAUCCAAGUGUAGUUGUGUAUUUGAAGCCUCGUAGACAUAGAUCAGCUGUUGUUGUUGGUGAAUAUUUAAAUGGAGACAGAGUGUGGAUGUCCGUUAACCAAAAAACUCAUUCAGAAAUUACAAAAUGGAUAGAAAAUCUCCGCACCCAACAAGGCAAUUUGUCAGAAAUACGCCUCCGUAAAUAUCAAUAUACUGAUCACCCUUCGAUACAAGGGCCAUGGACGCCAUUUACAUUCAAAAACCCAGAAUUGAAUCUUGCGGAAUUGCCCAAUGUGAAAUUUGGUGAAAAUAAUCGUUUGCCUAUUUCUGCUACUGAACAGUUGAGAUUGAUGUUUGAAAAGCAAAAGUUGAGUGAUGUUAAAACUGCAGAAUAAAAGCCUGAACAUGAGUAAGUCUGAAUCUUAGUUUAUUGUGCCGUUCCCUGUGUUAACUCAAUAUUGUGCUUCACUUUGACAGGCACUAGAUUGAAUUGUUAGUUGAUUUUUAAUAAAAUUAUACACUGAUUACACAUUGAAUGGGCUAUUUGAAAGUAUAUUUCAGUGCAAGCUGUUAAAGUAUCCAUAUUUAUUCAUAUAGUUAAGUCCAUAUAUCCAUAUCAAAUUUGUCUUUGAAAAGGGUUAUUCAAAAAUUUAUUUUUAUGUCAGUCAAGUGAUACAAGGCUAUAAAAAAAAUGUAAUAUCUGUGCCUGUCUAAUCCUUAUACCA